GAACGCUGAGGCCUUUUCAUCUUUCAAGUGAUCGGGCAACAGGAACGUCUUUCGUGCCACGCUCAAAAUUCAUUGCUGUCCGCAUCUCCUCCGAGCAGCGAGGCACCUCGAUCCAUUCUCGUGCAUAGUGUGAGGGUAUCUCGACAGAUACUACGCUUGACAACCUGACAAGUGGUAUUCACUUGAAGACGCGGUGUAGUCGAUCUUUAUCUAUGCAUGCAUAGCCAAAUAGUAUGACCCGCCUUGCAGAAAGUCAUAAAAGCAGGCACCGACUCCCCCCUCUUGAGAUCAACACGCCAACGCCAUGCGUCUCUUCCCAGCUUUACUGACGCUCUACUGCCUUGCCUCUCGUUGUGGCAUCACGUCUAGAUGUCUACCAAAGAGAUUUUAUCAGUAUCCCACUGAGCAGAACAUCUAUAGAUACAACCAUAGGAGAAGUAAAGCCGAAGCACAGAUUUUGACCUUUCUCAGGAAGUACGACGUCACUUUGCGUAACUAUGAGCUGUCACGGUUCUCCUUACAAACUCAGCGAACAUAGCGCAGGGUCUCUCACCAGCGACGUAUGGCAUGACCCCAUCGCGGUUGGGGAGCCUUCGGAAUCACCCGCAGGUGAGCAUCCCUUUCAGUCGCCUCGCCAUUUGAUCCCUGUACCGAUACCCCCAAAGUGCAAAUUGAUAGUGGCUCCGCAAACAUCGUCAAGGUUGUUGUAAGUAGGUUAGACUCCCGCACGCGUAUAACCGUUACACCAAAAGGUAGAAUACUGAAAACUUAGCUUUCAGUAUCAGCGACAGUAUAUAUACUGAGUAUGGGAACU